CAAACAGUAGCUGUAAUUUUUCUGGUGUCCAACGGCAAACAGGGCAGACUAAUGAUAAAGAAAGAAAAUCAAACAGAGAAAAAAAAAAGAAAAAAACAUUUCCUUUUACCAAACGCAAGGAAGUAGAAUUUUCCUUCGGGCACUUUCACUUUGAUCUCACGCUUUCUGCAGCUUUGUUUCCGAAUUUGUGAUUUGGGUUGAAAUUUCAAGCCAGUAAAUUAGUGGGUUUGGUUUUGAUUUGGUUUUGGGGUCUCAUUUGGGUAAGUUUUCUAGUGAUUACAUUCCAAACAAGGUUAGUGGCUCUCUGUCUCUGGUUUUGUUUGGUUUUGUAUGAGUUUGUUAUUAGGAGAUUAGUUGGGCUUUAUGUGGUUUUGGUUGUUUUUCUGGUAGAGAUCUUAUGGAAUCUUUGGUGGGUGUUUGGCCUAUUGUGGUCUAUUGUUGUCUUCUAUGCUGAAGAGACUUCACAUUUCUGUUGAAUUUGAAGCACGAAAGUAGAGCAUAGAAAGUUCUAUUUUGCCAUUUUUGUAUAAGAGAAACAACCUAGAUUUGGAUGCCCGUGAUUGCAAAAAUCUUUGUUGUUUUGUUAGUAUAGUUAAUCAAUAAACUUUUGUCAAAAAAAAAUAGAGAAUCUUUUCUUCUCUCUGUAACUUUUGGGGUGGAUAACGAUUCAUUGAGAGAAACCCAAACCGGGACUGUGAGUGUUUCAGUUUGCAUUUUUUUGCAAUACUUCAGCAAAUUUGCUGCUUCGUGGGUUAGAAGUUUUUUGAGCUUAGGCUUGGGAUUGUGAAGUAGAGGAUCUAGUUUUAUUUUACUGUUGUUGUUCUUGAUUUUGAAGAGAAAAUUCAUCUGGCUACUGUGGAGAUCUUGGUUCAUCUGUUAUGUCCCAUGAGGAAGACUUUCUUUCCUUCUGAUUCUUGUAAAGAAACAGAUCUUAAUGCUAUCGAUCCACAAUCAUGGCUCCAAGUUGAAAGAGGGAAGCUUUCCAAAUUCUCAUCGCAGUCCCCAUCUUCCAUAGAAUCACUGAUCAAGGUCCCAGAGCCACCGGUUCUCCCAUUCUUUAAACCUGUUGAUUAUGUAGAAGUUUUAGCUCAAAUUCACGAAGAACUUGAGUUGUGCCCUCCACAUGAGAGGUCGAAUCUCUACUUGUUGCAGUUUCAGGUCUUUAAAGGCCUCGGUGAAGCCAAACUGAUGCGGAGAAGCCUUCACUCGGGUUGGCUGAACGCAAGCACCAUCCACCAGAAACUUGUCUUCGGGGCAUGGUUAAAGUAUGAGAAGCAAGGUGAAGAGCUUAUAUCUGACUUGCUUUCUUCUUGUGGCAAAUGUGCAAAGGAGUUUGGGAUGAUGGACAUGGCCUCUGAACUACCCACUGAUGUAUAUUUAGGUUCUCCUAGAGUUAGUGAACCAUUUAGGAAAAAUCUUUCAACAAUUGUCUCUUUUCAUAUCGGAGAUGAGAAAAUCGAGUGUCACAGGCAGAAGAUUGCGGGACUUUCAGCUCCAUUUCAUGCCAUGCUAAAUGGCUGUUUUACAGAAUCAAGUUGUGAGGAGAUAGAUUUGUCUGAAAAUGAUAUUUCCCCUUUAAGUAUGAGGGUGAUCAGUGAGUUCAGCCAGACAGGCAGUUUAAAUGAAGUUACCCCAGAAAUACUGUUGGAAAUCUUGGUAUUUGCCAACAAAUUUUGCUGUGAAAGGCUCAAGGAUGCAUGUGGCAGGAAACUUGCUUCUCUGAUUUCAUCUAUACAAGAUGCAGUUGAACUUAUGGAAUAUGCUCUUGAAGAGAAUUCCCCUGUCCUUGCUGCAUCAUGUUUGCAAGUGUUUCUACAUGAACUUCCCGACUCUUUGAAUGACAGCAAGUUAGUUGAGUUAUUAAGCAAUGCUAACCGGCAACAGAGAUCAAUUAUGGUUGGGCCAGCCUCAUUUUCACUCUACUGUUUAUUAAGUGAAGUUGCCAUGCACCUAGAGCCCAAAUCAGAUAAAGCAGCUCUUUUCUUGGAACAGUUGGUAGACUCUGCUCAAACUACCCGGGAGAAAAUGGUGGCAUAUCAUCAGUUGGGAUGUGUUAGACUCCUGAGGAAAGAAUAUGCUGAGGCUGAGCAGCUCUUUGAGGUCGCUCUAAAUGCAGGCCAUGCAUAUUCUGUUGUUGGAUUAGCUAGAUUGGGUCACAUUAGGGGCCAUAAACUUUGGUCUUAUGAGAAACUAAGUUCUGUAAUCUCCUCUUCUACUUCACGCGGAUGGAUGCAUCAGGAGAGGUCACUCUACUGUGAUGGUGAUGAGAGGUGGGAAGACCUUGUGAAAGCAACUGAGUUGGACCCAACCCUUAUUUACCCUUACAUGUAUCGAGCUGCAUUCUGGAUGAGGAAACAAAAUGUUCAAGAUGCCCUGGCAGAAAUUAAUCGUGUUCUUGGGUUCAAACUUGCUUUAGAAUGCUUGGAACUACGGUUUGGUUUCUAUCUAGCUCUCGAGGACUACAAUUCAGCAAUUUGCGAUGUUCAAGCAAUUCUUACGCUUUGCCCUGAUUAUAGGAUGUUUGAGGGACGAGUUGCAGCAUCUCAGUUCUGUACUCUUGUGCGUGAACAUGUUGAGAACUGGACAACAGCAGAUUGUUGGCUCCAAUUGUAUGAUCGAUGGUCUUCGGUUGAUGAUAUUGGAUCCCUCUCUGUAAUAUACCAGAUGCUCGAGUCUGAUGCACCGAAAGGAGUUCUUUACUUUAGACAGUCUUUGCUUCUCCUUAGAUUGAACUGUCCAGAAGCAGCCAUGCGAAGUUUACAGUUGGCUCGUCAGCAUGCAUCAAGUGAACAUGAACGUUUGGUUUAUGAGGGAUGGAUCUUGUAUGAUACUGGUCAUUGUGAAGAGGGGCUACAGAAAGCAGAGGAGUCUAUUAGCCUCCAGAGAUCUUUUGAGGCCUUCUUCCUGAAAGCUUAUGCUUUGGCUGACUCCAGCCAGGAUCCAGCUUGUUCUUCUACUGUUGUAUCACUUCUUGAAGAUGCCUUGAAGUGUCCUUCAGAUAGGCUUCGCAAAGGUCAGGCGCUGAACAAUCUCGGAAGUGUUUAUGUUGACUGUGGGAAACUCGACUUGGCAGCCGAUUGCUAUAUUAAUGCCCUUACAAUCCGGCACACCCGUGCCCACCAAGGCCUUGCUCGUGUGCAUUUCCUUAGAAAUGAUAAGAAUGCUGCUUAUGAGGAGAUGACCAAAUUAAUUGAGAAGGCUCGGAAUAAUGCAUCUGCCUAUGAGAAGAGGUCAGAGUACUGUGAACGUGAACUCACAAAGGGGGAUCUAGAGAUGGUCACUUGUUUAGAUCCUCUCCGGGUUUACCCUUACCGAUACCGAGCUGCAGUUUUGAUGGACAAUCACGAGGAGAAGGAAGCCAUAGCAGAAUUAUCAAGAGCAAUUGCAUUCAAAGCGGACCUUCACCUUUUACAUCUACGGGCUGCAUUCCAUGAGCACAUUGGCGAUGUUCUGGGUGCCCUGCGAGAUUGUCGAGCUGCUCUCUCAGUUGACCCAAACCAUCAAGAGAUGCUGGAACUUCAUAGCCGUGUAAACAGCCAUGAACCCUGAACCAUGAGAAGAGGAAGAAACGAAAAAAAGAAAAAAAGAAAAAAAGAAAAAUGUUCAUGGCAUGGGAAAUGUAUAUCUUUAUUGUAUACUACCCAGUGUAUAAACCUGUGAGCAUGUGCUUGUAACAUCUGUGUUUCAUAUUGCUUUUAGUUUUAUCCUAAAAUUUUGUACUAGGCUUCGAAAUUUUUGGAAAUAUAAUUAAGUUUUCGAC